AUGUCACAAUCGAAAACUAUCGACAUACCCGUCCAAGUCCGAGAGGAGCUGCGUAAAUUCAGAUUCAGCAGACUUGAAGGUAUUUCCGUGUUGAUUGUCAAAAUCAACAAGCAGAAGGUGGCCCACACUCUCAGACGCCUCUGCCUGGAAGUCGACGAGCGCCUCGAGAACAUUUCCGUGGAGGAGCUGGCAGAUGAACUUCCAGAAAACGCGCCGCGAUACGUCGUUAUAUCAUACCCCCUCAAACACGCUGACGGCAGAUUAGCCGUGCCUCUAGCGAUGAUCAACUGGAAACCGACUACGUCCUCACCGGAAAUGAAUACUUUGCACGCGUCUGGCUUAUCAAUGUUCCAGCAGGUGGCUCAAGUCAGUAGGAUUGUAGAAGUCAGAGACGGCGCUGAGGCGCUAACGGAAGACUAUCUGAACAAGUCGCUGGGCUGA